AUGUUCUCUACACUUGAAGUUGACAUCAGGCCUGGAUCAGGUCUUGGGCCGUUUGAACUAGGAUCAUCGCUCUGGGAUAUCCUAGACCUCUUGCGUAGAAUGCAACAUGUAUUCCCCUUAGUGGACGUGAAAUAUGACUCAGACUCGCCAACUACUCCUCUGAUGCUUCAUAUCCGACCCCACCUCGAUCUGUUGUUCUCUGGAUAUCAUCAACGACUACAUACCAUCUGUCUUAGAGGACUACGAGACUUCAACCCUCCUGUGAUACUAAGGUACAAAGACUCUACAUUGUCGUCUUAUGAGGAGGUGCUUCGGAGGGUCGGCGUAAGUCGAACCUUUGGACCUACAUAUCCUGGCGAUGAUCUGCGGUACCCUGGUGUCUCAUUCAGUUUUGAGGAGGAUGGUAGGAGUGAUGGACUGAAGGGUGCUACAUCCCAACCUGAAGAUAGAAUGCAGGAAGUCAGAAGGGUAUUCGUCACUCAGAAGAGUCCGAGUGGUGAAGUGCGAGAUGCGCUAGGGGAGGUGCUAGAGUCUACUACCAUGGAUGGCGAAGUUCGUCAGGCGGUUGUCAAGGUUCACGACAGCGUGAUACUUCACUUCUAUCCGUCAAUGAUGGAGCCUGUCCGGAUACGGUUAGGUGUGAGCACAGCGCAGGAUUUGACGUGCGAACUAGGUCCCCCCAUUCGUGUACACUACAAAGAAGAUGACAGAAUGACUAUACACUCAAGAAGCAGUAGCGCGGAUGAUGACGUAGAUUCGGACUAUUUCUAUAACUACCUACAGCAUGGCAUAGAUUUCCUCAUAUCUGGUUCCACGCAUCUUGUGAAGAAGAUUAUUCUCCACUCCAACAUUCCAGGAACCCCCUUGUUCCAGCGGUACAAGCGGUGUCCGUGGGAGAUCGAGGGAAUAGCUGAAGACGAUGAAGACGAGACACCCUCGACAGUGAAGUUCAACGACCGAAUUGAAGACAUGAAUCGCUUGCUAAGUCCUAAAGCAUCACCACCAUCUAUGUUACUUGAUAGGACAGACGACGUAGACGGUCUGACGUUGCCUGGUUCAAGGACGCGUCUCUUCGGGUACGACGGAGUUGUACUCGAAGCCACCGAGUCUGCCCAAGUUGUAGCCAUUAUGUUGUAUUGA